CCGUGCGGUCGCGUUCGGUAUUCGAGUCCGGUCCGCUGAAUCACGUGCAUCCUCGACGAAGGGAAUAGGCGAUGUCGGCAUUACCGUUCCUCGAGCGUGUCACUGCGGUGUCAUCGUCGUUUUCCCGAGAUGUGUGAAAGUCCUCCAGGAUUACCGCUGCAGCUGGGUCCAUGAUUGUGGCAAAAUGGUGGAUCGGCAAAAGGCACUUCUGAUGGUGUUAUUGGCGCUCCUGAUUUAUCCGAACGAUAUCUUUGGAGGCGCUUUUCAACCCGAAUUCUUCGGUCCUAUCACCAAUCUAACCGUGCCACUCGGGAGAGACGCUAUUUUCACGUGUCUGGUAAAACAUCUAGGAGGUUACAGGGUCGGUUGGGUAAAGGCGGACACGAAGGCGAUUCAGGCGAUACACGAUCACGUGAUCACGCACAACCAGAGGAUAUCCGUGUCCCAUAGCGAUCAUAGUACGUGGAACCUUCACAUCAAGGGAGUUCAGAAAGAGGACGGCGGUCUUUACAUGUGUCAGAUCAAUACGGAUCCCAUGAAGAGUCAGACAGGUAUGCUGUCAAUUGUCGUGCCACCUGAUUUCGAUUCUGAAGGUACAUCAAGCGACAUGAUGGUAGGCGAGGGCGGCCAGGUGAAGUUAACGUGCCGGGCGAGAGGCGUACCCGAGCCGCGCGUAUCCUGGCGCCGAGAAGACGGCAAGAACAUUAUAAUUCGGGAGCCAUUUGCAGGAAGCGCCCCGAACCAGAAGUCUCACGCGUAUGCUGUGCCUGAGUUUUUGGGCGAAGAGCUGAAGCUGACGAAGAUCUCGAGGAACGAGAUGGGGGUUUAUCUGUGCAUCGCCAGCAAUGGGGUCCCGCCCGCGGUCAGCAAACGUAUUAAUAUCAACGUUCAUUUUCCGCCAGUAAUUCACGUACCCAAUCAGCUGGUCGGUGCACCCUUGGGGACCGACGUGGUCCUAGAAUGUUUCGUCGAGGCGUCCCCAAUGUCGAUUAACUAUUGGGUCAAGGAUCCGAAGGGUGCGAUGAUAAUAACUAGCAUCAGGUACGACGUACAAGCGGUGUCGAAGUCACCGUUCGAGGUCCGGAUGAUCCUCACCAUCCGGAAUCUGCAGAAACAAGAUGUGGGAACGUACCGGUGCGCGGCCAAAAAUUCCCUCGGCGAGGUCGAGAGCAGUAUUCGAUUAUACGAAAUCUCCGGACCGACGAGGACGCAGACGGCGUGGCCGACGUUCUACGACGAGGAGGACGAAAUAGUAUACGGCUCGGCGGAGAUGGACAGGACGGAGAACAGGCCACUGGCGGUGGACAACACGGUCCACGGCCACGUGGGCUAUCCGUCACUCGCCACGCCGUCCUCGACGAUCCGCGUCGGAAAAAAACGGCCCACGAUUAACAUCAAUUCGGGAGCCGAUUCUCAUCGACGAUGGCUGUCCAUCAUCGAUGUCCUAUCACCGCUGGUAUCGCUAACGAUCGUUUGUCGCAGAUGGUGAUGGUGGUGGUGAUGACGUGAAACGAGAAGCGGCCGGAAAAAGUCAAAGGAACGGAUCGAGGCACACGCCGUUGGUGCUCACGUUCGCACGUCGGUCUCGUCGUGACACGAUUUCGGCGACAAACGUAAUUCUCUUUCGAAAAAGUUGUGCGAUCAACGCUGGAUGCCCACGAAUCCGAAGUUGUUUCUAUUGCGGGACGCUGCAGCGAGUUUUGCGAGAAAGAAAAAUAUGCCCGCAACGCGCUUUAUCAUUGGCUGAGCGAUCGGAUUUUCAAGAGAAAUUCAAUGCUAUUUUCAAAGCAAACUGCGAUUGAUCUUACCUGAUCAGUGAGAUAAAGUCGCGCGAAGUGAAUCAUAUGUUACGUUACAAAUUUCAUGCCCGGCUUCACACGAAACGAAAGCUUUAAUCUUCAUUGACUAUUCAGCUGUUUGCUCGGCUCUACGCAGCAAAAACAACUUCGAACGGGCUUAAAUCGCCGCUGCUACUGCCGACGACGUAUCGUCUUCCCUGAGUGGCUUAUUCGUAAUUCAUAGACUUAAUCAAUGGAUCGGAAGCUCGCGAAAGGGAUGAACCACGUGGGUCACAAGACAGAGAUUUACAUCGCGGGACUUAUGUAUCUUGAUCGUUGUACUUGGUGAUUGGAUCGAAGAAUCGAUCGGUGAGUGUUAAAUUAAUUAAAUUCAGGGGUCAAAUUCGAUAUAAUAAGGUCAGUUCUAUUUUCGAUACUAUUAUUAUAAUUAUUGAAACAAUGACCUAGAUUAUUUUUAUUCUUAUGCAAUGUUAAGCAAUGUAAUCUUAUCUUAUGGUAUAGAAAGUCUCGUUUUAUUUCAUCUCAGCAAGAUAGUUUGAGAAACCAAAAUUAAUUAAAUUAAUAAUUAGCGUUACCGUUGAAUUAUAUAUUUUACGUAAUUGUAUUAUAUAUAUAUAAUUGUAUUAUAAAUUUUACGUAAAAUUGAUUUCUUUAUUAUUGUUACGUAGAAAAGCAUGAAGUUAAUUAAAACGAAUCGUAAAUGAUCGGUUAAGAUAAUCGCUGCAAAUACAGACAAUGUCUAGACAUUUGCGCGAUGACGAUUCAUAAUUAUCACAAUAAAAAAAAAAUAAAAAAUAAAAAAAAACGACGAACACAGGAGAAAAAAAAACGAUAAAGCGGUGGUAGAGGCCAAAGAGAUAGAUAGACGAAGAAAAAUAAGGACAUAUAUUUAUUUCGAAGUGAAGAUAAUAUCCACGCGAAUCGAAGAUGCGUAAUUCCUCAGCUUCAUUGCAAUAAGCUGCGUGAUAUGUGUAUAUAUGUACGUGUAUAUCAUAUACGGAGACGCUCGCAUGUGUAUAUGUGUGCAUACUUGACACGUCAGGGUAACUAACACGUUCGUGCCAUCUUACCUCUCCUCUCCCUCUCCUCUCCCCCUUCUCUAUCACUCUCUCACCGCUGUAUUUUUCAAUCGCGUGCGAGCGACAUGACGUAGCGUUUCUUAAAUAGUUCUCACGAUCACGCCAAUGUAAUAGAAUACAUAUCGCGAUGUAAACGAGUAUCGAAAGCUUCGAACGAGUUUCGACCCGAAAGUAGCAAGGCACCGUAUGUAACAUUCAACCUUGACGGAUGCUCCCGAUCGCUCCCGAUGCUCUCGGAUCGCGCGAUCAUCCAUACCUGUCUUCUUUCGCAAAGAUUCUUUUCUCUCUCUUUCUCUCUCUUUAAUAUUAUUGCCCCUUUCGAAUGAGAUUUUACGGUGCUCUGAUUAUAACAGAGCUUUCGAUAGCAAAACUCUUCAAUCAACAUGGAAUCAAGUAUGACUUUUGAGAAAUGUUUAUUUCAAGAGAGCUCUACUUAUCUGAAUGUGAUUCUCGAUAUCAAAACGCUACGAUAGGGAAUGAAGGCUUUUCAAUGACUGUUCAAUCGAGAGUUUUGCUUUCGAGAUCGCGGGUUUUCGAUGCUAGAACUUUCAUUCGGUCAAAAUAAAUUUCAAGAGAUAUUUAUACUCGAGAACUUUAACAGCAACACACUGUCGAUUAUAAAGAUUUAAUCUAAACUUGGAAGAGACGUUACAUAACACUUUCGUGCUUACGAAAUGUAUAUUCUAAAAUCGCAAAAUAAAAAAAAAGUAUAUUUUUAAGAAAAAAAAGAAAUCGGCGAUUUUGGCAGUAAUGUUUAAAAUUUUUUUUUUUUACGUAAAUAAAAUAACAUUAAAAAAAAAAGUUCUCAUUUUUUUUUAUAAUCAGCUUAUAACUCUAAUAACAAGACAAUAAACUUGAUAUUUUUUGCAUUCAAACUAAUAUAUAUAUAUAACAUCUAAGAUAACGAAACUUUUAUAAUCUGUAUAUUGUUCGUGAGCUUAUAGUUUUUAGAUAAAAAUGUUGUUAAAUUCAUUUUAUUUAUAAAUUAUAAACAAUAUGAUGCUAAAAUAAAAUUCUGGAUAAAAAAUUAAAGUUGAUAAGUAAAAAAUAAGGACGACAAACUUAUCCAAUAGUUUAUGUCGUGUAUAAAUUUUACAAACAACAUUAACUUGGGAGCAAUUUAAUCAAAAAAAAACAUGAUAAAUAAAGUAAUCAAUAAAAAAAUUCAUCGAUCACAAGUAUCACAAUCAGAUAUCUAACGAUUCGUUUUCCAUGUGAGCGAAAUAAUCAAUAUAAAUGUCUGAUGGAUCAAAUUGAAAAUCCUUGUCUGAUGCGAGUUUCUUCGAAUUGGUACGAGAGAGAGAAAAUAUAAAAGAGAAACAGAAAGUAUAAAAGAGAGAGAAAGAACGAUAUCAAUCAUAUAUAUAUUUUCAUAUUUCCGUAGCGCGUAUGUUUCGUAGCGACAGAUUUUUUCAAUUAUUAUGAAAACUUUACUUAUUAUUAUUUCAGUUAUUGCUAUCAUAGCAUUUGCUUUUGCAAUAAUUUCUUUAAUUAUAUUUAAUGUUGUAAUAAUAAAUAUCAUAACGGUGAAUGGUACAAACUAGCCAUUCUAAUGCCAUCUUCUUUCGAAUUUUUAUUCCGUUUUCAAACGAAGUUUCACAAAAUGGAAUCCAAAACGGCCGCGAAGAAUGAUAAAAUCGAUCGCAUCGAUCGCCACGCACCGCUCGCGCAAUGUUACUGUUGUAUUCACUUGCUAAAUAAAUCGAGCAUUCCCAUGGGCGUUUUGGAGUUUUAUGGCAAUCGAAAUUGCGUCUCGUUACGCGUCGCGGUUCUCUCGUUUUCGGUACUCGCUGACAGUUCUCUCGCAGGGAUAACCGUACGCGUCUAAAUCCUCUUUAAAAUCCAUUUUCGAUCUCGCGUUUUUCAAUCGAUUUGUCCUGAUCGCUCCGAUUAUAAUUAAUUACUCUCAAAGAUGCCGAGCAAACUUUUUUCACGUGAAGAAAACACAAGAAGAAAGUUAAUUCUUUCACUAUCCUACAGAAUUUUAAAAUACAAACCGUAAUGUUAAAAAUAUGUUUGGCUGAAAUGGUUCUAAAAUAUCCGCUCUUUCUAGCAUUACUCCGAAAUGUAAAGCAACAAAAAAAUGGAUAUGACAAAUGCUACUUUUGAAGAUCUAUUAUAAAUUUUUUUAUCAUUGAAUAUUUAUGUUCCUGCACUAAAAUAUCGUGUCUGAAUUUGUCACCUGCAAUCAUUUUUUUUUCUUUCUUUUUUUUUAAAGCCCUUCAAUUAACCAAUGGCCCAUUGCGCGCGUUCGAUAUAAUACGCGACGUGCCACAUUCGUCACUGCAACCUACGAACCUCGAAAUGGGCAAAAAAGUCCAGUACGCGAAGCAUCCUCAAGCGUCCUCACGAGAGCCAAUGAAUGGUCGCUCUCUCAGUGUGAGCGGAAAAAAAAGCCCGAGGGAAAAAAAAAAUCGCGACCUUUUUUUCCCUCGCCGGGCCAAAUCGCGCUCGUUUGCGACACGCCGCCGUGGCAUGCCAUACUGUGGAUGAGAGCGUGUCCCCUCUUAUUUCGUCGGAGGGAAUACUCGUUCUAGAACAAUUAUCGUCUCUCUUAUCCUCUCUUUUUCCCUCUUCGGCGACGCGAGGCAGGCGGGGCCCGCCUUUCUCUCUCGGUCACCGUGAGAAAUUAUAAGGGCGAAUCCGCCUUUAAGGACUAGGAGAGAAGAAGAUCUUAGUUCCUCCAUAAAUAAACACAACUGCCCGCGCAGCUGGCGCGGACGUAAUUCAUCGUGAAUUAAUUUAAGGGCCACCGCCGCCUCCUCCCUUUGCCCCCCUCCCAUCGUUCCCCCUCCGUCGACGCUUUCAUUAGAAGGCCCCGGCGUACCGAGACCGCGCCAUUUGGCGGCUCUCCUUUUAUGCUGAUUUUAUUUCCCUUCUUUCGCGAACUCGGGCAUCCGCGGAGUAAUUGCGCGGUAUUAUUAUCCGCCGCGAGACGGCCCAUCGAAAACUAACGGCGAGAGCCGAAGUGAAGAGGAUUUUACGGUUCGCCGACAAGAUCCUUCUAGCCCUCCACUAUCGUCCCUAUACCCUUUACCUCCAUCGCUUACAUUCUAGUCGACAUCGCGAUGCCCGACGUCGUCGACGACUCCUUCGUAUGACUUCCAAACGGGCUUACCGUUCCGUUUGAGCUACGGCGCGAAGUCGUUUCUGUAAAGUUACCGUUGCAGCUGCAGCACCGGCUCUCCUCGUGCCAGCCUCUCUCAAGCCGUCUCUCCGUACGACCUCUCGUAGAUUUUACCUCCCCUUCCUCCCCCACAAUCCUCCCCGCCUCAUACCCUCGGCCGUUUGCUUAAUCCCCACCGGUUACGCUUAUUAAAGUCCUGAGAGGUACGACGUGUUAGCCCGUCGAGACGAUAUAUAUACAAGGGACGCGGAUAGUUAGGUACGCGAGCUGGUUGCACGGCGGUCGAUUUAUCGCAUGCUCGUAGUCGGUUCGUUUCGACAAUGCCAGCCGAAGGGUGCAGUUUCAAAAGUUCACGCUUCGACGCAACAAACUACCAAUGUCAUUCCGCGAUUCGCCGCGAAUAUGUCCUAUACAUGUGAUUUUCUCUCCGUUUUAUUUUUGAUUCGUGAAAUAAUAUAAAGUCGCAACAAUUGUCUUACGUGUAAAAAUAAAUACUCUCAAAAUUAUUGUAAAAUUUAUUAUUUUUAUAUAUAAGAUUAAUUUAACGAUUUCGGGACUCGAUAUACAUUGAAACGAUCUACAUUUCUUUACCUUUUAUUAAUUUGUUGUAAUGAAAAUGUUUUUUAAUAGUUUUCCAACUUGAUACUUUAACGUUGAUAUAUCUUGGCGCUUUAAACUGCCAGACGAUUUUCGGAUUUUUCUACGACACGAUCAAACAGCUUCGAAAAGUUUGUUUUAUGAGACUUAAGUGGGUCGAUUGAACCUAGUGUAAAGUUUUAAGUCUCAGAAAGAAGGAGAAUUAGCCAACUUCCUUUUAUCUGCGUGAAUUAUCACUUCUUUGGAUCAUCGAUUAGCGUUUACAUUGGCAUUGCGAAAUGCUUUGUUUUAAGCUUCUAACAUUUUUACGAUAUUCGAUUUACUAUAUAUUUCGAUAUUAUAUACUUUGCGCGAUACAAAUUUUAUUUACUUUUCUUUCUUCCACAUACGGUGCAGUCUUGUCUCCAUUAAUAUUUUUUCACGUAUAAAUCGAUAUACUGUACAAUUUCUGAAUUAUCUUUAUUUUUUUUUGUUUUUGUUUUAUUGUAUCCUUACUUAUCUUUUCCACUGCUCUUCUUUUAUUAACUUUAGUUUCAGCAACGUGGCUUGUUACAGUCGUUAGUUUCUUUUCGCUUAUUGAGUCGUAAAUAAUAUGAUAUCUUCGUUCGUAAAUAACAUGUUAUCGUACGCGAAAACUGUUACAAAAACAAAAUCUAAAAAUCCAAAUAAUCAUUUCAAAACUUUUCGUUCUUGCGAUAAAUUUUCACAAUUUAUGAGCAUCUAAAAAUGUGUUGUAUUAAAUAUAUUAAAAAAAAAAAAAAAAACAGCAAAAA